GGAGGGGAGUGACAGGAAGAAAGACUGGUAUCUCCGUGUUUGUGCUUUUGUUAGUUCUACAGAAGAGGCAAAGAAUCAAGAGAUAGCAAAGGCUCCGUUUCCUUUCUGUUAGAAAAGGAUUUUGUCUUUCCUCCUGAAAGGUUGUCAGAAUCUGACAAGAGUUUGAAGUGAAACAGAUCCUAAGGCUACGCUGGAGGUGGUUUAGUCAUUCUCAAGGUUCCCUUAACAUUGGAAGCUGCCUUCAGCAGGAAGGAUGUGAACAGAGAGGGAUUUUGGUUCAGGGAAGUUUGUAGAACCACUCUCAAGACAGAAAUGGACUGAAGAAAGGCAUCAGUUCUGUCCACCACAGUAUAUUGGCAUCAGUGCCAGGACAGGGCACUGUCCAUCAAGCAAGGCUUCAGAAUCUGCACCAACAAAACUUGAUAGAAUAUCUUCCAGCAAAUGAAAAUACUCCUAAAGCAGUGCCAUAGAAGUUUUUCAAAGAAGCUUGUGAGAAACACUCACAAAUUUGGGGAUGAUGGCUGAUUACAUUAAAGCGGAUUCUAGAGCACGAUUAUACACACAACAUCCUGAUGAAAUGAAUCAUCCCAGGUCUGAGGAGUAUUUCCAUGCUGUAAACCAUGCAAAGCAAACUCUACACAAAAUGGAGAACUACUUGAAAGAGAAACAACUGUGUGAUGUUUUGCUUAUUGCUGGACAUCUUCAAAUUCCAGCUCACCGGUUGGUUCUUAGUGCAGUGUCUGAUUACUUUGCUGCAAUGUUUACUAAUGACGUGGUUGAAUCCAACCAAGAAGAGGUCAAGAUGGAAGGGGUAGACCCAGAUGCACUUAAUUCUUUGGUCCAGUAUGCUUACACAGGUGCCCUGCAACUGAAAGAAGAUACUAUUGAAAGUUUACUGGCUGCAGCUUGUCUUCUGCAGCUGCCGCAAGUCAUUGAAGUCUGCACCAAUUUCCUCAUAAAGCAACUCCAUCCUUCAAACUGUUUAGGAAUUCGGUCAUUUGGAGAUGCUCAGGGAUGUACACAGCUCCUGAACAUAGCACAUAAAUACACUAUGGAACAUUUCAUUGAUGUCAUAAAGAAUCAAGAAUUUCUCCAGCUCCCAGUUAAUGAGAUUUCAAAGUUUCUGUGCAGCGAUGACAUUAAUGUGCCUGAUGAAGAAACCAUUUUCUAUGCUUUAAUGGAGUGGAUAGGCCAUGAUGCUCAAACUAGACAAGGAGACCUGGCAAUGCUGCUUUCCUACAUCAGACUCCCAUUACUCCCACGACAGUUACUUGCAGAUCUUGAAAAUAGUUCCAUUUUUACUGGUGAUCUUGAAUGUCAGAAACUCCUAAUGGAAGCUAUGAAAUAUCAUCUCUUACCUGAGAAGAGACCCAUGAUGCAAAGCCCUCGAACAAAGCCCCGAAAAUCAACGGUAGGGGCACUUUAUGCUGUGGGAGGCAUGGAUGCUACGAAAGGUACUACUACAAUUGAAAAAUACGACCUGAGGACCAAUAGUUGGCUUCAUAUAGGAUCCAUGAAUGGCCAUAGGCUUCAGUUUGGAGUUGCAGUUAUUGAUAAUAAACUUUAUAUUGUGGGAGGAAGAGAUGGUUUAAAAACUUUGAAUACAGUGGAAUGUUUUAAUCCAGUGGACAAAAUCUGGAUGGUGAUGCCUCCCAUGUCAAUGCAUAGACAUGGAUUAGGUGUAGUCACACUAGAAGGACCAAUGUAUGCCAUAGGUGGUCAUGAUGGUUGGAGCUACCUAAAUACUGUGGAAAGAUGGGAUCCUGAGGGACACCAGUGGAAUUAUGUGGCUAGUAUGUCAAUUCCUAGAAGUACACUUGGUGUUGUUGCUUUAAACAACAAGUUAUAUGCUAUUGGUGGACGUGAUGGAAGCUCCUGCCUCAAAUCAAUGGAAUAUUUUGACCCACACACUAACAAGUGGAAUCUAUGUGCUCCAAUGUCCAAAAGACGUGCAGGUGUGGGAGUUGCAACAUAUAAUGGAUUCUUAUAUGUUGUAGGGGGUCAUGAUGUCCCUGCUUCUAAUCACUGCUCUAGGUUUUCUGACUGUGUGGAACGAUAUGAUCCAAAAAAUGAUUCAUGGUCAACUCUGACACCCCUGAGUGCUCCUAGAGAUGCUGUUGGCAUGUGUCCCCUUGGAGACAAACUCUAUGUGGUUGGAGGAUAUGAUGGACACACUUAUUUGAACACAGUUGAGUCAUUUGAUGCCCAGAAAAAUGAAUGGAAUGAGGAAGCUCCUGUUAACAUUGGAAGAGCUGGUGCAUGUGUUGUGGUGCUGAAGCUACCUUAAAAUUAUCUUCAUCAAGUGUAAUGAAACUGGAUAACUUUAAGAAAGAGAGUGAGAAAAAGAUGAAACAAGAAUUAUGUUUUAGCCACUAAUUACCAAAUUUAAAAAUUGUUGUCAUUUUAAUAUGCAUUUAUUUUUUUUAAUUGGUCCUGGGAUCGAACUCAUGACCGCAUGCUUGCAAGGCAGGUGCUUAGGCGCUGAGCUAUAUCCCCAGCCCCGUCAUUUUAAUAUGUAUUUGGAAUUAUUUUCCUUUGUAUAGUCUAAAAAGUGUUUUCAGCAUGAGCUGCAUAUUAAAGCUAACUUUAUGUGUUCUUGCAGCUAUAAUUUAAAGGAAAUUAUAGUUGUGUAGGUUUAAUGUUGUUACUAUAAAUGUCAAAAUACUUAAUAAAAUUGAUAGUGGUGAAAAUGUAAAGUUUCUAAAUGCAUUAGAAACUUCUGGUGAGGGGCUGGGGAUUUAGCUCAGCGGCAUAAGUGCCUGCCUUGCAAGCAGGCAGUCGUGAGUUCAAUCCCUGGUACCGAUAAAAACGAAAAAGACAAAAAAAGAAACUUCUGGUGAUAUCCUAAGAAGUUAAUUUUUUUCUUUGCAGAUACAAAUGUUAAGUGCAUUUAUAUAAUCCUCAGAAAUCUGAAAAAUACUUUGAUAUUGCUUAUUCCAAGAAUAUGAGAGUAUGACAUAUCUGUUCAGAGAAUGAUAUUGAAUUCAGAUAAAUUCAGAUACAGUACAGCUCUGUCGCUUACCAACUAUAUACUAUUUUAAAUUUUUUAUUAUUAAAAAUGCUACUCUAAUAUCUGGAAUAAAAUUUAAUAUAAAAAGACAA